UUACCGAAAAAGCUUAGUCACAAAUUGUAAGUAGAAAAUAAAGAAAUUAAAAAUGAACUUUGGGUGUGGGGAUAACAGGAGUCUGUUUUACCGGUAAUGUUUAUGUCAGUGUUGGAGGUAGUUAGGGGAAACACCUCAAAGAUAAUUACGAGAGAAAUCAAAAAACAACUUAAGUGUAGUCAGUACUUAACCAUGAGUUUGCCUACGAUUUAUAGAAGUGCAGAGUCCGUGUUAAACGUUUUAAACACACACAAGAAUGAGAAUGUUCAAGCUGUUGAAACGUUGCUGCAAGUUUAUAACAAUGCAUUGAAAGUCUCUAAGGAAAAAAGUCAAGAUAACCUCACUAAAACGCACCCUUUGAUCAUUCUUGAAGGAUUAGAUGGAUGUGGAAAAUCACGUAUUUCACGCGAAUUAUCAUCAAAACUGUCCGCGGAAAAGUGGUGCACGCCCCCUGAAUCAAUCAAACACAUUCGAGACUUAUUUGAUGACCACCCAACUCUAAGAACUGCCUAUUACGCCUUGGGGAAUUAUAUUGCGGCUCUAGAAUGUACGGCCAUAUUGAAACAGAAACCAGUUGUUAUGGACAGAUACUGGCACUCUACUGCUGCCUAUGCCAUAGCCCAGGCCGUCUAUGAUUCGUCUGGUGCAACAGAAAUGCCUCCAGAAGGGGACAGUUUUUACAAAUGGCCUCAAGAUUUGUUGCAGCCCUCUAUUGUGAUUUUUCUAGAUGUAGAUGAAGAUGUGAGGCUUGAAAGGUUAUCACGUCGCAAAACAACCACCACACAGGAAGACUUAUUGAAGAAUUCAAAGCAAUUCAGAGAUAACAUUAUUUUGGCCUAUAAGAAUAUGGUGGACCCGGAAGUCGUUUUUGUGAAUUGUACUCCUUCCGUAAAGGUGGUUUUGUCAGAAAUUGAUAAAAAAAUCAAACAUCUGUUUUAAUAUUUAUGAUAAUAAAUUCUUACACUAAGACCUUGUAA